ACAUGCAAGAUGGCCACGCAUCACAGGCAAAAUGCAGCUGGGCGGAGGAAAGUACAGGUUUCUUAUGUUAUUAGAGAUGAGGUGGAGAAAUACAAUCGAAACGGGGUGAACGCGCUGCAGCUCGAUCCCGCUCUGAACCGGCUCUUCACGGCCGGGAGGGAUUCCAUCAUCCGGAUAUGGAGCGUCUACCAGCACAAACAGGACCCGUACAUUGCAUCCAUGGAGCAUCACACAGACUGGGUUAAUGACAUAGUGCUCUGCUGCAACGGCAAAACAUUGAUAUCUGCCUCAUCAGAUACAACGGUUAAAGUAUGGAACGCGCAUAAAGGAUUUUGUAUGUCCACGUUACGAACACACAAAGACUAUGUGAAAGCUCUGGCCUACGCCAAGGACAAGGAGCUAGUAGCAUCAGCGGGCCUGGAUCGACAGAUCUUCCUUUGGGAUGUGAACACACUAACAGCACUCACUGCUUCCAACAACACUGUCACCACCUCGUCACUCAGCGGGAACAAGGACUCGAUCUAUAGUCUGGCUAUGAAUCAGAUGGGCACAGUCAUUGUAUCGGGAUCCACAGAAAAGGUUCUCAGAGUGUGGGAUCCUCGAACAUGUGCAAAGCUGAUGAAGCUCAAAGGCCACACAGACAAUGUCAAGUCACUGCUGCUAAAUCGAGACGGCACUCAGUGUCUAUCAGGCAGCUCGGACGGGACCAUCCGCCUGUGGUCGCUCGGACAGCAGAGGUGUAUCGCCACCUACCGGGUGCACGACGAAGGGGUGUGGGCCCUGCAGGUCAACGAGGCCUUCACACACGUCUAUUCUGGCGGCAGAGACAAAAAGAUCUACUGCACCGACCUGCGUAACCCCGACAUCCGCGUGCUCAUCUGUGAGGAGAAGGCCCCGGUGCUCAAAAUGGAACUGGACAGAUCUGCUGACCCACCUCCAGCAAUCUGGGUCUCCACCACCAAGUCAUCCGUUAAUAAAUGGUCUCUAAAGGGAAUGCACAACUUCAGAUCAUCGGGGGAGUAUGACAACGACUGCAGCACCCCUCUGACACCGCUCUGCACACAGCCGGAGCAAGUUAUCAAGGGAGGUGCCAGUAUUAUACAGUGCCACAUUCUUAAUGACAAGAGACACAUACUCACCAAAGAUACCAACAACAACGUGGCUUUUUGGGACGUCCUGAAGGCUUGCAAAGGUGAGGAUUUGGGUAAAGUGGAGUUUGAUGAAGAGAUUAAAAAGCGAUUCAAGAUGGUCUAUGUGCCAAAUUGGUUCUCUGUAGAUCUGAAAACUGGGAUGCUCACCAUUACUUUAGAUGAGAGCGACUGCUUCGCCGCCUGGGUUUCUGCAAAGGACGCUGGGUUCUCCAGCUCCGACGGAUCCGACCCAAAGCUGAACCUGGGCGGAUUGUUGCUGCAGGCUCUGCUGGAGUUCUGGCCCAGAACCCGCAUCAACCCCAUGGACGAGGAGGAGAACGAGGUGAACCACGUAAACGGGGAGCAGGAGAACAGGGUCCAGAAAGGAAACGGAUAUUUCCAGGUGCCCCCACACACGCCGGUCAUCUUUGGAGAAGCAGGAGGAAGAACUCUAUUUAGGUUGCUAUGUAGAGAUUCAGGAGGCGAGACUGAAUCCAUGCUGCUGAACGAGACAGUCCCACAGUGGGUCAUCGAUAUAACUGUAGAUAAAAACAUGCCCAAGUUCAACAAAAUCCCAUUCUACCUCCAGCCCCAUUCUUCCUCUGGUGCAAAAACUCUAAAAAAGGACCGUCUCUCAGCCAGCGACAUGCUCCAGGUGAGGAAGGUGAUGGAGCACGUGUACGAGAAGAUCAUCAACCUGGACAACGAGUCGCAGACCACCAGCUCCUCGGCCAACGACAAGCCCGGCGAGCAGGAGAAGGAGGAGGACAUGGCCAUGCUAGCAGAAGAGAAGAUCGAGCUCAUGUGUCAAGACCAGGUUCUAGAUCCCAACAUGGACCUGCGAACAGUUAAACAUUUUAUCUGGAAGAGCGGCGGGGACUUGACGCUUCACUAUAGGCAGAAGUCCACGUGAAAGUCAGGGUUUUUAAAAAGCGGAACUUUUUUUGUCAUUUGCCAAUCACCAACCACCUGACAUGUUAGUCCCCCAAACCGAACCCCCUCCCCUCCCCCCCCCCAUCAUGUGGUCGAGAGUCGCAGUUUCAAUGAGAAUCCAAUGAAGUGUGUGAGGAGGUGGCUCACGGUGUAUCAUAGGGAGCUGACCAGAACAGGCCGCUGCAGCCAACAGACCCGCGGGAGAUCAGUGGUCCAUCCUGCUUCUCAUUCAGUUUUUUUUUUAAACAGUAAAAAAAAAAAAAAAAAAAAAAA